AGUUUUACGGUAAGGUUGCUUAAAUGGGACAACAGACCUGGAGUUUGGACCCAACCGGUCAACCGAUCUCAACAUAACCUUCAACAUGGCGAGCCCGUUCUCUCUCGAUAACCCAGUGUUUUCCAAGUUUGCCCUCUACUCGACGGUAGUACUGUCCAAGACACUAUGCAUGUCCGAACUGACAACGUUAUAUAGAAUGCGGAAACAGGUGUUUGCCAAUGAAGAAGAUAUCCAAGGGUUCGCCAAAUCCAAGCAUAUUGAGGUUACAACGUCAGACGCCAGUGUCGAGAGGGUCAGACGGUGCCACCUGAAUGAUCUCGAGAGCGUUCUGCCGUUCGUACUGGUCGGGUUAAUGUACGUGUCUACGAAACCGGGAGUUGUCGAGGCGAGCCGAGUGUUUCAGGUAUUCACGGCAGCUCGCCUACUCCACACAGCGGCGUAUCUGAUACCCCUUCCACAACCCAGCCGCGCUCUCACGUUCCUCACAGGCUAUGGAGUCACUUUCUUCAUGGCGUACAAGGUCUUCAAGGCUGUCUACUGAACAGGGACUAUGUCGUUUUGAUAAUCUUCUGGACGAGGCAUAUACGGAGAGACGAUAAACUGCUUCACAACACUGUCUUGUAACCUUCAUAUCUAUUGGGGUCGAUUGUGGUCGUUCACCAGAUGUCCAUCUGCAUAUAGUACCUGAAAUGAAGGACUAUUAAAUAAUUACCAUGAA